AGUCAACACAGCUCUACUGUACGGUAAUAUGUGGAUACCGGCUGCCCAUAAGCGCGCCGAUCUAUAACUCAUUAUAUCUAUAGAUGAUAAGAGAUAAGUAGGGGAAGAAGAGUAAAAUAAGAAGAAUUUAUAAAACUCAUAUCAGAUCUGAUCUCGUCGAAUUCAUUAGAUCUAUCGAAACAGGGAAAUAUUGUUGAAUUGUUGUAGGUGAAAUUUAAGAAGAACUAAAACUCUAAAAAGCGAUUCAAAGCUAAAUGAGCAGUUCUUUUACUCAACAUCAACAGAGCGAUUUCCAACAAACUUUUUAGAGUUUUACUCUAUAACGACCACGUCAACAUCUGGUCCUCUAAAGUCCGUUGAGGCAAAAAUUACCGAACAUCUUCUGUGUGAUCAGAUUUAUGUGAUAUACGAGAACAAAGGUUAUAUAACCUCGUCAUGUCGUUACCAGUGCAGUACAAUUGCCCGCAGUGUAAAGAGCCUGAUCAGGCGGAUAAUAUGGUGGCCUGUGAUAAAUGCGAUGCCUGGCAUCAUUUCAGAUGUGCUGGUGUGAAUGACUCAAUAGCAGAUCGGUCGUGGCGGUGUAUCAAUUGUCGCUUGAGGACGUCAUCAGUUCCUUCUAAUUCGUCUCGAAAGUCAAUGUCCCAAGCACAAGCAGAACUACAUCUCAAAAAAUUGGACGAGGAAAGAGCAAUGCAAGCUAAACAUCUUUCCGAGGAGUUUGCUCUCAAACAAGCCAAGUUGGCGCAACAAGAAGAAGCGUUAAAAUUACAAAUGGCAUUGGACCAGCGAUAUAUGGAACAACGAUAUGCAGUUUUACAAGCGACGCUAGAAGAAAAUGAUGGAAAGAGUCGGUCAACGUGCAGUCAGCAAAGCAGUAGAAGUAAGGUCAAUGAUUGGAUGGAAAAGCAGCAAGAACAAAUAACGGGUGCGAAAUCGGAAACAAACAAUUUUCCCGUCGACACUAGUUCGUUCGCUGCAAUCCAAAUAAGUUCAUCUAAAACCACUAGCGCUGCUGCUGAACAAAAGUCUGUACCCGUCAGUUCCACUUCUACUAGUAUCUUUGACUUUGCUACUUCCCGCUUGGUGUAUACGGGAACCAUACCCAAAAGACCAUUUGCGAGUAUUCCAGAUGCUCUUCCUGUAAUACCAUCACCUAUUGUAACGCCCAGGAUUAUCCCGACAUCAACCUCUAUCGGUGCCACCCGUUCUACAAUAAUAAGUCAACCUGUCUUUUCAACGGGACAAGGGUUACGAGGAUGUGAGAUGUAUCCAGUUUCUGCCGACAAUGCUGUUUGGAAUGUGCUACCUAUUACCUGUACUGCAGCCACUAACCCUUCUACAAGUCAAGCAGCUCCGUUCGUGCCAGAACGUACUUAUAUUGUACCGACAUCGUGUUCAUCUGGUAAUGUUAAAACGGGUGUAACGUCUCUGUUAGCUUCAAAUACAGAAGGUAAUUAUAGUGUCCAUCAAAGCUCAGGAGGUAAGACAUUAGAAAAAAUCCUCGAUCAAAUAAACAAUAGAAUAGGAGAGUUAAUGAUAGAAAAUAGGUCAAUGAGAGUGCCCAAUACAAAUAUGUUUCCCCCACGCUUACGACCUGUAACUUCUCAAAACUCAUCGAUAAAUCCUACUAGUAGAAAUGAAUUUAGAUGGUCUCAUAGUACACCUCACGUUAACCAUAAUCGAAUGCAUACUCCCCAUUUGGGACAGACUCAAAUGCAAAUUUCGUCUCCAAUAUUGCCUGAAAAUGAUCGUAACAUGCAUAAUUCAGCAAUUAGCUCAUCUAUUGGUGUAGUUGUGCCAUCACAGCAACAAUUAGCUGCUCGGCAAGUAGUCUCUAAGGAGUUACCAGUUUUUUCGGGUAAUCCACUGGAGUGGCCAUUAUUCGUGAGCAGCUAUGAGAACUCGACAGCUUUAUGUGGGUUUUCGGAUGCGGAAAACAUGAUGCGAUUGCAACGCUCAUUGAGAGGUAAUGCACUAGAAGCGGUGCGCAGUAAUUUGUUGAUGCCGAAUGCAGUGGCACGCGUAUUGAGUACUCUGAGGAUGCUGUAUGGCAGACCAGAAUUGGUAGUUAACGCUUUGCUAGAGAAAGUUCGGUCCACCCCUCCUCCAAAAGCGGAAAGAUUAGAAACUCUCAUUGCAUACGGACUCGUUGUACAGAAUCUGUGUAGUCAAUUGAUUGCAUCUGGACAAAUUGCUCAUCUCGGCAACCCGUGUCUUUUGCAAGAACUUGUUGAAAAAUUACCGGCCAAUAUCAAGAUGGAUUGGGCGCGGUAUAAGCGAAAAGUAUCGUUUCCUGAUCUUACCACGUUCGAGGAAUAUAUGACGUCAGUAAUCGAAGAGGCAAGCGAGGUGUCACUGUUCACCGAGACAGAUCGAGGCAAGGAAACAAAAAGAGCAUUCAUUCGAGAUAAGGCGUUUGUGAACGCACAUGGUAUCGAUGAAACUGCUAAAGAAAAAAAUGUUCAAAAUAGAAAAGUUCAAGACCAAACAAAAGGUAAAUGUUGUCCAAUUUGUCAAUUGUUUGGACACAAAGUGAAAGAUUGCUCUAAAUUCAAAUCACUGAAUUUACUUGAACGUUGGAAGUCAGUGGAAGAUCAGCAAUUAUGUCGCCGUUGUCUUGUUCGUCACGGAAAAUGGCCUUGUCAUACUUCAAACCCGUGUGGUAUGAACGGCUGUGACGCUUGUCAUCAUGAAUUGCUUCAUCCUGGAAAGACUACAGUAGUGAAUAAAUCAAGAGAAAUAAUUCAUCCGGCGGGAAAGUUGAAUUCUGCUACAGCUACAUCCGGUGUGCUUGGUACACAUCGACAGAUGGCAGAUUCAAUAUUAUUUCGCGUGAUUCCAGUGACGCUGUAUGGACCAAAAUCAUCACUCAAAACAUUUGCCUUUCUCGACGACGGCUCGUCGUUGACUCUAAUGGAUAAAGGUAUCGCAAAAGAACUUGGAUUAUCUGGAGAAGCAAGCUCAUUGUGUUUAAACUGGACUGGCGAUAUAUCCCGCACUGAGCCGAACUCGGAACGUUUAUCAGUAGAAAUAUCUGGAGCUAACAGUCAAACCAGAUAUUCUAUGUCUAACGUUCGAACGGUAGAGGGACUGAAACUACCAACUCAAAGUCUCAUGUAUGAAGAUCUGGUUCAAAACUAUCCUUAUCUUAGAGGUCUUCCAAUAAAUAGCUACCGAAAUGCCAACCCUCGCAUUCUUAUUGGAGUGGAACAUUCAAAACUCAGUUUAACUCUGAAGAAACGGGAAGGACGUACAAAUGAGCCUGUAGCAACACGAUGCCGUCUAGGAUGGACAAUACACGGAAGACUAGGAGAUGAUACUCAUAGCAGUUUAUUCCAUCACAACCAUAUAUGUGACUGUAAUACAGACCGCGAACUUCAUGGUAUGGUUGAACGAUUUUUUUCAACGGAAGCAGUUCCACCAGUGGGACCCGUAAUUGAGACUGAAGACGACAAAAGAGCUCGUCGAAUUCUCGUUGAAACCACAGUACGUGUUGAUGGUGGCUUUGAAACAGGUUUACUAUGGAAAUACGACCACAUAGAAUUUCCCAGAAGUUAUUCGAUGGCCGAGCAACGAUUAAAAUGUCUGGAACGUCGAAUGAAAGCCGAACCAGAAAAUCCGUUCAACAAAUUCGUGACUAUCAACGCAAGGGCUACGCUCACAAAGCGUCGGAAAAGGAACUUUCUUUAG